GGAAAUCAAAUAGAGCUCUUAUUUGGAACGAGUGAGACUCAGUCGAGUGUAUGUGCCUGAGGAUGCCCUCGUGCUUUGGAAGAGUAGACUGUUUCAUGCAGACGCAGUCCAUUGUCGAGAAGUUUUUUUGACAGAGAGGUGAAAGUAGGAACUCUUUCUCUUCAGAUGCAAGUGAUUUGCAACAAAGUUCAAGUGUCCGAAAUAAUUGGGAGUUUCUUCGUUGAUCGUGAAAUCUGGAAGUUCUGCGGCUGUUGACUAGCAAAGAUGAAAUCAAGUGGAGUGCUUCAUCAGAACAGUCAAAGACGGAGUUGAGUAUUAAUUGAUGCUGGCGAUUAGCACCAGAAGUUCCAACAUAAGAAACAGUUUUCACAAGGAUAUAUCUAUAUUCUUCGCACAGCACCAAAAGCGAUCAUGGACAGAGCUGCACGUGCACGCGUCUCGGACUCGUCUGAUAAUUCAAGAAAGGACUCUGAUGUGAAACGAAGAUCAGAAGAAUGUGAAGGACUCGCAGCUAUCGAGUUUCAUUGUGCUCAUAUUAUGCGGGAAAGACAGAAGGAGGUUCCAGAUGUGCCAGACGAAUCCGAAGUACUCGUUGCAAUGGGCAUCUCCUGUGCUCAAGUUGUCACCAGAGGAGAUAUCGAAGGCUUCCGAACAAACUAUGAAUCUGAGUCUAUAGAGACAAUGAGUGUUGGUUGUACUCAAGCUUUUACCCGAGGAGAGGCGGAUCAUAAAACUACAUAUAGAGACAAGGUCCAGAGCCUCCAGAAUAAUCAGGUGGAUGGCAGAGAUAAACCUCGGCAAGGAAUAUCACUUGAACCUCCUCAUCUUGCAAACGUGGAUGUUAAUGAUUAUCUGAUGACGGAGGACGCAUGGCAAACUAUACCAGAUUUUAUUUUAUAUGACGAAGCUGCAGAACGAAUCGAAAACGCAGAAGUAGCAGAUCCAGAUCCAGAUGCAGAUAUGCCAGACCAUGUCAAAGCUCGGAAACGUGGAGGACGUAGGCACAAAGGACACUUCAUGAAGCGACCUAUGGCAAUGUCUGAAGUAAUUGAAGAACUGCAGCAUCCAGAACUAAGAGAAAAUGCUUUACGUUGUUUGAGUGGCCAUCUUAAUGAGAGACGUGAGCAGGAUGUUGAGUUCUAUCGUCAAGCUGGAUUCUAUCUCUAUCACUCAUGCGGUACCGUGUCAGUUUUGUUGCAAGAAGUGGUCACUGUGUAUGACAGAUUAUUUGCGAGAGAUCUAAAAGUGAGAGGUUCUAAAAGGUUGUCAAAUGUUCUUACUCUGCUUCAGAGCAUUGCAGCGAAUGAAGAAACACGAGUGAAUUUCGCACGAGCUGGUCUUCCGAAUUAUUUGCUGCCAUUCAUUGUCUCCCCAUGUACGGAAGAAGUCUAUGAGAACGUACGAGCAAUGUCGUUGUCUGUGAUCGGUGUUCUCUGUCAGUCACGCGACAUAAGGAUAAUUAAGUGGGCGCUCGACAGCGGUAUGAUCCAAGUAUGCCUUUAUUCUUUGGAGGUCGGAGGGGAGCUUUCCAAAGUGCUUGCAAUGACAAUCCUGGAGUCUAUUCUCAGAAAGAAUGAAGGCUUAUAUGCCCUUUGCGAAGCAAAUAGCGAUCUUCUGCCCAAGCUCGCAAAAAUUUGUGGAGAUUUAAUUUCCAUCCUUGCCACAGUACAAGGUUUUUCUCCUCGGCUUGUAGUUCUUAUUGUCCGAUGCCUCAUAGUACUUUGCCAAAACAGGAGAGCGGUGGAUGUACUCAAAAAUAACUUCCCAAAGCAUCUGGAAGACGGUAGUUUCAAUGAUCUGAGGAGAGAUUAUCCCAUAUUUAACUACCUCCAUCACCAACUUCUCUUGUGCAUCGGAAAAGCAAGCGACUCUUCACCUUCCGAUACAUCCUCAAGAAUGUCAAACCCUGCAAGUCCUUCUAUUGAGGGUACUGAAAUGCACUCUUCCAGUGUCACCAAUGUCCCGCAAAGUGACAUAAACAUUAUUCCACCAAUUGAAAGCAAUUAGCAAAACUUUGACUAGUGAAAAUAAUGUAAUGUAGCAAAAAUUUGACCAGUACUCCUUGGCUAGUGAAAACAAUGUAUGUGUCAUCACAUACACAUCAAUCUCACUCACACUAGUUUAUGUUAAGCUCUAUAUUGAUGUGUAUGAGAGUAAGUGAAACACUUACUAUACUUGAUGGGAGUAGAGUGUGAGCAUUUCUGGAUAAGCGCUGAAAUGCUCAUGUACUCUUUACAAAUAUAUAUGUUAGUUUAUAACUAUGUGACUAAGUCGGUCGCCUACAACACUAGUUCAAAAGAGUAGAGUGCCAGAAAUUCUAGAUGAAAAUAUUUGAAGUGCUCAUUACUCUUUACUUCUAUAUGUUAGUUUUUGAUGAGGUGUAGUCUAUUACCUACAACACUAGUUCAAAAGAUUGCAGUGAUAACAUUUCUAGAUGAUGAUAUUUGAAGUGUUCAUUACUCUUUAAUUCUAUAUCUUAGUCUAUGUAGUCAAUAACCUACAACACUAGUUCAAAAGAGUCCAGUGAUAACAUUUCUAGAUGAUGAAUUUUGAAAUUCACAUUCCUUUUUACUACGUUGUGUUAGUUCAUGACUAUGUGACUUAGUCGGUUACCUACAACACUAGUUCAAUUAGUUAUAAUAUGUUUGUUUAGUAAUUUAUGAUUCUGUCACCUAUUGCAAUCAGUUCAAGAGCAAGGUGGAAGCAUUUAUAAAUAAUUAUAGUGAAAUGUUCAUAUACUCUUU